AUGCGCUGUCUCCUCAGCCUGGCACUGGCCCUGUUCGCCCUGGAGGUGGCCCUCACUCUGGCCCGGACCCCCAUCAUGCCAGUGCAGGCCAUGUGCCCAGAGCCCAGCUCCGAGGAGGAGGCAUUGUGCGUCCAAGCCUGCCGCACCGAUGACGACUGUCUCAACCAUGCCAAGUGCUGCCCCAGUGCCUGCGGCCGCUCCUGCAAAACCCCCCUCAUCGUAUCUGCCCCCAAGGCUGGCCGCUGCCCCCAGAUGCAGGCCCUGAUGAUCUCGCAGCCCUGUAAGGAGCAGAGUGAGUGCUCCAGAGAUGACCAAUGUACAGACAACAGAAAGUGCUGCUUCAGCCAGUGUGCCAUGAGGUGUCUGGACCCCAUCCUAGCUCCCCCUGUCCAGCGCCACAGGCCUCAGCGGGGCUUUGGAGGAGCUGUACCUGCCAACCCCAGGCUGCAGGCCUCUGUGGGCACUUGA